UUUUUAUUGUUGUUUGAAAGUAAGAAAAUCUCAAAUCGAAAACCUAGUUACAAGCUCUAUACUCGCCCAAUUUAUCAUACUAUAAUGGCUAAGAUUCUUAACUCAGACAUCCAGAUCCUAAGUGAAGAGAAUAUUGAAGAACCACAGAUCCCAACAUUACCAACGACACAUAAUGAAGAUGUAAACCAUGUGAUCUCAUUUAAGCGCAAGAACCAAGAGAUCUUUCCUCCAAAUUCUCUCAUCUUGGCUGAAAAGAAGAAAGAAGAAUCACAUGUUCAACCUUUUUCAAAAACAAAUAAUGUUGAUGCAAACCAUGUGAUUUCAUCUAAAGGGGAAGAUCAAAAGAUCACUACUCUGAAUUCUUCUACGGGUGAGAAGGAAAGGAUUUUGAUUGAAAAGAUGAAUGACGAUCCAAAUAUAAAAAAUCAGCUAAGAAUUGGAAAUGAAAAUGAAAGUCAUCCAAUCUCAACUGAAGGGCAAAGCCAAAAGAUCCAUUCUCUUCAAUCUCCUGUGCGUAAAAGUAUAAGGAUCUUGACUAAAAAGAAGAAUGGAUAUUCAAACUUUCCAACUUUACCACAAAUAGAUAAUGAAGAUGAAAACUUUGAAAUUUUGUCCAGAGAAGACCUAAGGAUCCCUUCUUCAAUAUCAAUUGUGGAGAAAAAUAAAAGGGGAAGAAAGAGAGGGAGACCAUCAAAACAAUCCACUUCAUGCUCGAAGAAACAAAAAGCUCCUAAUCCUUUAUGGAUUGGAAGAUGGCUCAAGAGAUAUAAAAUAAGGAGAAAUGGAAGAAAAGAUGCUUUCUACAUUCAUAAGAUGAUACCUAAACUUACAUGUCGAUCUAAGCAAGAGGUAGAGAGAUAUGAAAAGUAUGGAGUUCGUCCAGGUAGGAAAGUAGAUGAGAAUGGAAAUGAAAUACCCAAGAAGGUCACUAAAAAAGAAAAAGGUUAG